AUGUGUGGGAAUGUGACUGGCUUUAUGCUGAAACCAGGCCUCUUUUACAAGGCUGCAAAUCCCAGGGCACUCAAGAACAAGAACAAGGUGUUACUGCCUGUCUUCUGUAUGCAUAAUCCCAAGGCCUGGAUCACCAAAUUCCUUAUGGAGUACUGGUUCCACCAGGGCUUCAUUCCUCAAGUUAGGCAGUACCUGGCCGAUUUGGACAUCGACUUCAAGGUCUUGUUCAUAAUGAACAAUGCUGGUGGCCACCCUCCCGAUCUUUAUUACAUGGGAGUCCAGCUCGAGUUCCUCCCUCCCAACACCACCUCUCUCCUCCAACCUAUGGAUCAGAGCGUUGUCUGUGCCUUCAAGGCACUCUACACCAGAAACACCCUCCAGCACUUUCUUGAUGUAAUGGACCGUGACAGUAAAUUUAUGCUGAAAGCUUAUUGGCAUAAAUUCACGAUUGCCACGUGUUUGUCUGUCAUUGAUUGGUCGCUGAAGGACAUGAAGGAGACCCUGAAUGCCUGCUGGAGUCAGUUGUGGCCGGAAUGUGACCAUAAUUAUAUGGGCUUUUCUCCUCAAGAAAUCCAGCAUUCAGCCAUUAAUGAGGCAGUACAGUUGGUGAAAAUUCUUGGUGAUGAGGGCUUUGACGAUAUCACCGAGGAAGAAGUCGGCACUCUCAUUGAUGUCCACGCUGACCCCGUGACAGACCAGGACUUGAAAAAGCUGACUAAGUCUGCCAGGGAGGAAGAAGACACUCCAGGUUCAGGAGUGGAACAGGAGGACGAGGAGGGCCUGACUUUGGCAUGCCUGUCCCAAGUUCAAAAAAAUGAUAAAUGA